AUGGAGCCUACAGAAAGCAACACUGUUACUGUGAUGAAUGAUCCCAUGAAACCCAUCUCAGAAAAUGACACACUUGGAACUAUAGAUGAAGAAAACGAUUGUCCGAUCGAGGAAGUCCGUCUGACAGUACCGAUAAUUGACGAUCCUACCCUUCCAUGUUUGACCUUUCGAACAUGGGUUUUAGGGGUCAUUUCAUGCGCGGCCCUCUCAUUCUUGAACCAGUUUUUCGGCUACCGACAAAAUGCACUAUCCGUAACAUCUGUCUCGGCCCAAAUUCUGGUCCUGCCCCUGGGGAAGCUGAUGGCAGCUUCCUUGCCGAGAAAGGCAAUACGAGUCCCGGGGACAAAAUGGUCAUUUUCAUUAAACCCGGGUCCAUUCAACUUGAAGGAGCAUUGCCUGAUCACCAUAUUUGCAAAUGCAGGCACAACUUCUGUUUAUGCGGUGAAUAUUAUUACUAUUGUGAAAGCCUUUUAUCACCGUCAGCUUAAUCCGGUGGCUGCACUCUUGCUGACGCAUACUACACAGAUGUUAGGCUAUGGUUGGGCUGGAAUCUUCCGGAAGUAUCUAGUCGACUCGCCUUACAUGUGGUGGCCCGCGAACCUAGUCCAAGUCUCCCUCUUCCGGGCUCUGCACGAGGUCGAAAUCCGACCAAAAGGAGGACUCACAAGACUCCAAUUUUUCAUAAUGGUCCUUGCCUCAAGCUUUUCUUACUACAUAAUCCCGAACUAUCUCUUCCCCUCUAUCACGGCCCUAUCCUUCGUCUGUUGGAUUUGGAAAGACUCUGUCACGGCCCAACAGAUAGGUUCCGGGCUCCACGGGCUUGGGCUGGGCUCGUUCGCGCUUGACUGGUCAACUGUUGCGGGCUUUCUGGGAAGCCCGCUUGCGACCCCUGGGUUCGCCAUCGUCAACAUGCUGGUCGGGUUCGUGUUGGUCGUUUAUGUUGCGCUCCCUGUUGCAUAUUGGACUGACUUGUACGGCGCGAGAAAAUUUCCCAUUAUAUCCUCGCAUGUUUUUGAUGCUAAUGGGAAAGCAUAUAAUAUUUCGGAGAUUUUAAUCGAGAGUAGCUUCGAGUUUAACCGUGCCGGGUAUGAUGGUUAUAGCAAGGUUAAUCUGAGCGUGUUUUUCGUUUUGGCCUAUGGCUUGAGCUUCGCGGGCCUUGCAGCUACCGUGUCCCACGUGGCGCUCUUCCAUGGAAGUAUCCGACUCUUCAUCAUUGGGCUUCAUCAAACUACUCAUGUCGAACGAGGAAGAAUCAACCUCCAUCUCCUCCACGUCGAUCGAAUCAUAAUCCAUACGCUCCUCAAACUUCUCGUCCGAGCAGUUGAGAAGCCACGACAGGGAACACUUCACCCCCUUGCGCGCAAUAAUCUUGUUCCUCGGCUUAACCGUAGACUCAAGUCCGUAAGUAAAGUAAGCCGGAAAACUCACCAGAUCAUCCAACGGCCGACCCAUUUCAGAUGCAAAGUAUUCGAAACUGAGCCUCAUAAUGUCCAGAUUCAAUGCCAGCACCUGCGGGCACCCCAAGACCAUCUUCCUCACCUGAUCAGAUGA